CUGCCAUAGACGUCUGUCCACAGCAUAGUCCUAUCCCUCGCCUUAGGAAAUCUUCCUGUCGUAUUCGCUGCGGUCGGAAAAGGCUGGUCCGGGUUCCGAUCCAUCUUACAUUUCUUUUUCCUGCUGUUUGAGAAUCUUCAUUUCCUUCUGACCCCUCUUUCGUUUUCACGAGCUGAGGCUCGACAUUUCAUACCACCAUGGAGGCCAAUGGCGUAUUCACGCCCAACAUGCGCGCUGUUCCCACAGGCGCCUUUAUAUCCCCGCAUAGAAAGACUAACGGUGUGGGUAUUCAGGCUGAGGACACGCGGAUAUGCGUCGUCAUGGUUGGAUUGCCCGCACGUGGAAAGAGCCUGAUUGCGCAAAAAGUCGUUCGUUACCUGCACUGGUUGUCAAUAACGGCCAAGACUUUCAACGUCGGCCAGUACCGCCGCACUGCGACUCCUAAUCCCUCCGCAGAGUUCUUUGAUACCUCAAAUCCAGAAGGAGAGCGUCUCCGGAAAGCUGCAGCGGAGGCGGCGGUGAACGAUAUGUGCAAAUGGUUUGCUGAAGGGCGUGGACUAAUUGCGAUAUUGGAUGCUACCAACUCGACCAAAAGCCGACGUAGAUGGAUACAGGAGCGGUGCGCGAAGGAGAAUAUAGAGACCCUGUUUGUGGAGUCAAAAUGCGAUGACGAGGACCUGAUCAUGAGCAACAUUCUUGAAGUCAAGACAACGUCGCCGGACUAUGUCGGCCAGGAUCCUGAACUCGCUGCAGCCGAUUUCCGCAACCGCAUUCGAAACUACGAGAAGGUAUAUGAGACUAUCGACGAGGAUGAGUAUGAUCUCACCUACGUUAAGUUGAUCAAUGUUGGCAAGCAGGUCAUCAUCAAUCAGAUUCAGGACUACCUUCAGAGCCGAGUUGUUUAUUAUCUGAUGAACCUCCACAUUAAGCCGAGGUCGAUCUGGUUAUCUCGGCAUGGUGAAUCAAAAUUCAACUUAGAAGGAAAGAUUGGAGGAGAUGCGGACAUUUCCGACCGAGGCGAAGCUUAUGCCCACGCCCUUCCAGGUCUCGUGGCGAAAUCCGUUGGCGAUGGUCGCAAACUUACUGUGUGGACCUCUACUCUAAAACGUACGAUUCAGACUGCUCGCUUCCUUUCCUUUGAGAAACUAGAGUGGAAAGCUCUCGAUGAACUGGAUUCCGGUGUUUGCGACGGCCUCACUUAUGGAGAAAUCGAGCAGAAAUACCCCGAAGACUUCAAGCAACGAGACGAAGACAAGUACAAUUACCGCUAUCUUGGUGGUGAAUCUUACCGAGAUGUGGUGAUUCGCCUCGAACCUAUUAUCAUGGAGCUAGAGAGGAGCGAGAACAUCCUAAUUGUCACUCACCAGGCCAUCCUUCGAUGCAUUUACGCAUAUUUCAUGAACGUCCCACAAGAGCAGAGCCCAUGGAUGGAAGUUCCUCUCCACACGUUGAUCAAAUUAACGCCCAAGGCCUAUUCGACACAAGAAGAGAGGCUCAAGGCAGAUAUUCCAGCUGUAAGCACAUGGAGAGGAAAGGGCAGCAGUGCCAAACAUCAAGAGGCCGAUGGCAGCACAUGAUGUCAUUGUUACUGUCUUAGGGUGUCGGAUGAGCAUGAUAGAGUUACCGGUAGCUAAGCGGAGCGGAACUGCUGAGUUAUGGC